AUGAACACUCAUUAUAAGACCCCUAUGAAUGCAGAGGUGGGGGCCCUGGAACGGAUGAACACUCUGUAUAAGACACCUAUGAAUGCAGAGGUGGGGGCCCUGGAACAGAUGAACACUCAGUAUAAGACCCCAAUGAAUGCAGAGGUAGGGGCCCUGGAACAUAUGAACACUCAGUAUAAGACCCCUAUGAAUGCAGAGGUGGGGGCCCUGGAACAGAUGAACACUCAGUAUAAGACUCCUAUGAAUGCAGAGGUGGGGGCCCUGAAUCAGAUGAACACUCAGCAUAAGACCCCUAUGAAUGCAGAGGUAGGGGCCCUGGAACGGAUGAACACUCAGUAUAAGACCCCUAUGAAUGCAGAGGAGGGGGCCCUGGAAUGGAUGAACACUCUGUAUAAGACACCUAUGAAUGCAGAGGUGGAGGCACGGGAACAGAUGAACACUCAGUAUAAGACCCCUAUGAAUGCAGAGGUGGAGGCCCUGGAGCAGAUGAACACUCAGUAUAAGACCCCUAUGAAUGCAGAGGUGGGGACCCUGGAACGGAUGAACACUCAGUAUAAGACCCCUAUGAAUGCAGAGGUGGAGGCCCUGGAGCGGAUGAACACUCUGUAUAAGACCCCUAUGAAUGCAGAGGUGGAGGCCCUGGAGUGGAUGAACACUCAGUAUAAGACCCCUAUGAAUGCAGAGGUGGGGGCCCUGGAACAGAUGAACACUCAGAAUAAGACCCCUAUGAAUGCAGAGGUGGGGGCCCUGGAGUGGAUGAGCACUCAGUAUAAGACCCCUAUGAAUGCAGAGGUGGGGGCCCUGGAACAGAUGAACACUCAGUAUAAGACCCCUAUGAAUGCAGAGGUGGAGGCCCUGGAGUGGAUGAGCACUCAGUGUAAGACCCCUAUGAAUGCAGAGGUGGAGGCCCUGGAACGGGUGAACACUCAGUAUAAGACCCCUAUGAAUGCAGAGGUGGGGGCCCUGGAACGGGUGAACACUCAGUAUAAGACCCCUAUGAAUGCAGAGGUGGGGGCCCUGGAACAGAUGAACACUCAGAAUAAGACCCCUAUGAAUGCAGAAGUGGGGGAUUUGGAACGGAUGAACACUCAGUAUAAGACCCCUAUGAAUGCAGAGGUGGGGGCCCUGGAACGGGUGAACACUCAGUAUAAGACCCCUAUGAAUGCAGAGGUGGAAGCCCUGGAACGGGUGAACACUCAGUAUAAGACCCCUAUGAAUGCAGAGGUGGAGGACCUGGAACGGGUGAACACUCAGUGUAAGACCCCUAUGAAUGCAGAAGUGGGGGAUUUGGAACAGAAGAAAACUCAGUAUAAGACCCCUAUGAAUGCAGAGGUGGAGGCCCUGGAAUGGAUAAACACUCAGUAUAAGACCCCUAUGAAUGCAGAGGUGGGGACCCUGGAACAGAUGAACACUCAGUAUAAGACCCCUAUGAAUGCAGAGGUGGGGACCCUGGAACGGGUGAACACUCAGUAUAAGACCCCUAUGAAUGUAGAGGUGAGGGCCCUGGAACGGGUGAACUCUUAG